UCUCCACAGGCAGACGGCCAACGACCUGACGGGCGAGCACACGUGCAUCAUGCUGCGCCGCUGCGGCCGUCGGCUGCCGAGCCGCCGCCGCCCGACGACCACUGGCUGCCGGCGUUCUGGGCCGACUUCCGGCGCCGCUUCCUGGCGCUGCUCGGCUACCAGUUCCGCGCCUUCACCACCGGGCUGGCGCUCAGCGUGCUGUCCAACGCGGCGCAGAGCCAGCCGAGCUCAGAGGUGGAGCGCGCUGUGCUGGAGGAGUUUGUCAGUCCGUAUGACCUGCGCCGGCUGGAGCUGUACGCCACAAACAUGGCCGACUACCACCUGAUCACGGACCUACUGCCGGCCGUGGCGCGGCUCUUCCUGCUCGGCCGGUUCGGCGACUGCCACCUCUCGCCAGUACAGACGUGUAUUCUGAUCGGGCUGGGGCUGCAGUACAAGACGGUGGACGAUCUGGCCAAGGAGCUCGAUCUGGCGGCCAGUCAGCUGCUCGGACUCUUCAACAGAACCAUCCGCAAGCUGACGCAGCUGCUCAGAGCGGUGUACGAGAAGGAGAUCGAGUCAACGUUCUCGGAGCGGAAGGCCAUCGACAUGGGCCCGGCCGCCAAGACAAUCACGGAGGAGCUGGACGAGGCGGCUCAGGAGCUGGCCGAAAAGCAGAAGGCUGAACUGGAGAAGCUGAAGCUACAGGACCUCAGUCAGUACGUCAUCAAGGGUGCCGAGAGCGACUGGCAACAGGCGCUCGGCAGCGGCAAGCUCAGCAAGAGCUCCGUCUCCGUCAAAAGCGGGGAGAAGCGGAUAGAGCGGUCCGAGAUCGAGAUGGACAUCGAACGUCUGGACGGCCCCGUCCCCAAAAAGGCCAAGGGAGAGAAAUUCAAAAACAUCGGCAAACCCAAGCCGAAGCAAAAACACAAAAACAAGAGCCAGCAGCUGGCGACGCGGUGAAGCAACGCCGAGGACCGUGACGUCAACAUGAGUAUUUGUAGUAGCUAGCUCUGUGACUCGCUCGCUUGUCAUUGUACUGCCGGUGUCAUGAUGUGUUAAAAACAACGGGAUGUCUUUAAA